CGCGGUAUAAAACGGUCAGCACCGAGCCACUCCCAGCCCGGAUUCACCUCUCACCUCGGCCUCUUCAAACGGUCACGCAGUGAGACUUCCCGGCUCACAGUGAGACUCCCCGGCACACAGUGAGACUCCUCGCAGUGAGACUCCCUACAGUGAGACUUCCCGGCUCGCUCCGUCUGCUGCUCGCCCUGUGAACGUCCAGGAAUUGACCGCCUCUACCUCGUGGGUUCUCAACAACAAACGACAUGCGCGAGUGCAUCUCCGUGCACAUCGGCCAGGCCGGGGUGCAGAUGGGCAACGCGUGCUGGGAGCUCUACUGCCUCGAGCACGGCAUCGGGCCCGACGGGCGGCCGCUCGACGCGACGGUCCCCGUUUCCAAGGACGACUCCUCGUCCACCUUCUUCGGCGAGACCGACUCCGGCAAACGCGUGCCCCGCGCCGUCUUCGUCGACCUCGAGCCGUCCGUCAUCGGUGAGAUCCGCACGGGCGCGUACCGCCAACUCUUCCACCCCGAGCAGCUGAUCACGGCCAAGGAGGACGCGGCCAACAACUACGCGCGCGGCCACUACACCGUGGGCAAGGAGAUCGUGGAGCCGGUGCUCGACCGCAUCCGCAAGCUGGCCGACAACUGCUCGGGGCUGCAGGGCUUCCUGAUCUUCCACAGCUUCGGCGGCGGCACCGGCUCGGGCUUCACCUCGCUGCUCAUGGAGCGCCUCUCCGUCGACUACGGCAAGAAGUCCAAGCUGGAGUUCUCCGUCUACCCGGCGCCGCAGGUGUCCACCGCCGUGGUGGAGCCCUACAACUCCAUCCUCACCACCCACACCACGCUGGAGCACUCGGACUGCUCCUUCAUGGUGGACAACGAGGCCAUCUACGACAUCUGCCGCCGCAACCUCGACAUCGAGCGCCCCACCUACACCAACCUCAACCGCCUCAUCGGCCAGAUCGUGUCGUCCAUCACCGCCUCGCUGCGCUUCGACGGCGCCCUCAACGUCGACCUCAACGAGUUCCAGACCAACCUGGUGCCCUACCCGCGCAUCCACUUCCCGCUGGUCACCUACGCGCCGGUCAUCUCGGCCGAGAAGGCCUACCACGAGCAGCUGUCCGUCGCCGAGAUCACCAACGCCUGCUUCGAGCCGGCCAACCAGAUGGUGAAGUGCGACCCCCGCCACGGCAAGUACAUGGCCUGCUGCGUGCUCUACCGCGGCGACAUCGUGCCCAAGGACGUCAACGCCGCCAUCGCCGCCAUCAAGACGCGCCGCACCAUCCAGUUCGUCGACUGGUGCCCCACCGGCUUCAAGGUUGGCAUCAACUACCAGCCGCCCACCACGGUGCCGGGCGGCGACCUGGCCAAGGUGCAGCGUGCCGUGUGCAUGCUAAGCAACACCACGGCCAUCGCUGAGGCGUGGGCCCGGCUGGACCACAAGUUCGACCUCAUGUACGCCAAGCGGGCCUUCGUGCACUGGUACGUGGGCGAGGGCAUGGAGGAAGGGGAGUUCGCGGAGGCGCGCGAGGACAUGGCUGCGCUGGAGAAGGACUACGAGGAGGUGGGCGUCGACUACGCCGACGGGGACGGAGAAGAGUGCGAAGAGUACUAGGGCCACCGUCGUCGUCGUCAGCCGUGAUCUAUACACUGCUGGCUGUGCGCGCAAUCAGUGCUAGGGCGCCCGUCAUCCUCUUCGUCAGUGUUAUCGUCGUCAUCAGCCGUGAUCUAUCCACCAUUGCGUGCUAGAUGUACAUCAUCAUCGCCAUCACAAGUAGUUCCGUGAGGUCCUCUUCCACGGCCCAUUCUCUGACGACACAUUGCGACGAUCCACUGUUUACUGUGAGAGUACCAGAGUACACAUUUAAUCUGUCUUGUCACGAUACGAAUACAAUAUGGUUCAGAUUUUUAUUUUCAUAAAACCAUUAAAAACGUGUAUUUGAAAGUAGGUGCUAAUGUAGAGUGGAUACUAUGUUGAUGAGGCUUAGUUUGUUUUGCUUGCUUCAAACUGAAAACACGAUCAGAACCUCGGGGCCACUCCAGGCCUUAGCACACCGCACACAGAAGCCUACGCAGAGCCCACGUCUGAGCAAUCAACUUGGUUGCAUGCAACUGAAUUGCGUACAUGUGGACGUAUCUGCAACCGAUUGCUCAACGACGGUUGAUUUUCAGACCGAAUAUCCCAACAAUUAUGGGGAAGGAUGAUGCCUCCUCCACCUGUCGUAAUAUCACCUCCAGCCAGGACGUGUUUAUUCUGGACAUCUGUAUUAAAAAAAAAA